UAUCUGAAAGGGAAACAAAACUUUAUUCGGCUUGGAUAUUUUAUGUUUAAACAGUUGCAUCUAUCUGUGAUUGAAAUACACCAAAGAAAAUCAUGACAUAUUUCUUGAUCACUACAUUAGAAGGAAUUAUCUUGGGGAAAUGGAAGACAGCAGCAAACUUAUUACUACACAUGUUAAUUUCAUUCGAAAAGAUGUAAUUUCAGAGGAAGCGAAACUUCUCGGAGAUGCUAUUUACCAACAUUUGAGAAAUUUGAUAUAUGAAGCUGGAAAGACAGAUACGUGUUACAAAGUUACUGAAUUACUAAGAGUCGGCAGUUAUCAUGAGCAAACUAAAAUAAACUCACCAGAUGAGUUUGAUUUCAUUGCAGUACUUGAUCAAAUGUCCGAACCCGGUAUGGUGAAAGUACAGACACUGGAUAAAGAUGGUGUAAACAUGCAUUUGAGAUUUGAUCAUGAACAUGUAAAGCUUAUUGACCCUGACGUGAACUGGAGUUGGGACAAAAAGCCAGCGACUGAACAACUACUUGAAAGGUUUCUUCGAAAUUUAGUCAAUACACUGCUAAAAGACGUGAAGAAAGUUCCAUAUGUUUCUCUUGCGUAUACAUAUUAUGAAGCAGAUUUCAUACAACUGCCACCUAUUAAUGGUAUAGAGUUAUCAGUUAGAUAUCGAGAAGCUGCGGUACCAAAUUUAAUAUUCGAAUUCAUGUACAAAGGAAAAAAGAUCCCUGUUGACCUCACUCUUGGAUUUAGAUACAAAAAUUGGAAUGAAUGCUACGAUAUAGAAGAGGCACCGGUCCAGGAAAUAGGAAAGUCUGUGUACGAAAAAGGUUCCGUACUAUUUAUUGCUCAUCGUUAUGGUUUCCGGUUAACUUUCACUGAAACGGAAAUGGAGUACGUCAGAGACAAGGUCCUCGGAGAACACAAGAUAUUGUACAUGUAUUUGAAAUAUUUUAAUGGAAAAUAUGGUGAACAUGAGUUUUUGAAAAAGGCUGAGUAUUUGCCAUUUUCAUCUUAUAUGCUCAAAACCAUAUGCAUAUAUCAUGAUCAGAGAUGUAAGCAAGAAGUUAAAGGGAAGAAUGAAUGUCUAAAAGAUAUUUUGGCCAUUAUGGAAGAAAGUGUGACAUCCGGAUAUCUCCAGUCAUCGGAAAUGAUUAAGGAUACAAAAGUGGGAUAUUUACCAAGUAUUUUUCAGGUCAAGAAGAACUUGUUCAGAGAGGAAUUCCGGACAGUUGACCUUCUUACGGCGUUUAGGAAGAAAAUGAUCCUUGAUUUAAAGACUGUGCAUUUGACUGGGCGUAAAUGGAAAAACGUAAAUCAUAUGCUAGAAGAAGCUCAUGAUGCCAUUUGUAAAACAGCUGAUUGGAUUUGUAGCCAAACGUGGUCCGAUUCUAAGAGUCUAUUACUAGUUAAACCAGAAUAGUUGCUACAAGUCGGACAAUAUACAGAACAUUUCUUAUUAGAACUAUGUACGGCUAUGUGUACGUUUUUGGAAACCCUACGAUCGCCACUUACGUAUGUUUAUAGGUAAAUUACAUAAUAUUAUACAUAAUGUAAACAAUUUCCAUCAAAGUGUGAAAUACACUUACAACAUUUUUAUAAGAUGUAUUAAUCUUUUUCUUCAGUGUAUAGGGAGGAAGCCUUGAUACCUACUGAAAUAAAUAGUAAUUAUAGUAAAUGAGCUCUAGCUUUCACAUAUUUACAGCUCCAGCUUACCAAGGAUUGGUUAAAUAUUAUACACAGAUUGGGGACUCCGAGGACAUGAACAUUUUGUUUCGAACGUACAAAACACUGAAAUUUCAAAUAAAAUCAUGAAUGUAGACAAAUUGUAGAAUCUAUUAUUUUAUGUGAUGGUGAUAUUUAAUAGGCGUAGUGGCAUAUCACAAUUCUGAAUAUUGUGACAGAAAAAAAUGACCAAUACCUAUAUAUAUUGUUACUUCUGUAGAAAUUAUCUAUUUUAACAUUUUUUCUGGAUGUGCAGUUACCGCGCUUAGAAGAAUAUUUAUUUCACACUAUUACAAGGGUAUAUGAAUUAAAAACCACAGCUGUAUUUAUUUAUGAAAGCAUAUUAAAAUUAUGCUUCCUCGAAA